AUGGCAGGAGAUUUCGAUCUAACAUUAAAAACUCAUGCCAAUAACUCUGCAGUAAUACUGCAAAUUGAUGUUGGAAAUUUAAAUAAAUCCUUUGAUAAGGAUAUUUACAAUUUCUCAAUACGAGAGCAGAAAGAUAACAGAAAUGGUUUGUUUUACAACGAAUUAGUAAAGAAGUUAGUUGGGGCUUUAGAGGAUAGUCAUUGUGAGGGUUUUGUGGCAUUUCAAGAUGAUAUACCACGCUUUGCUGAGGCAUUUCGUCUAGCUAGCGUAUAUUCUAUUUGGCGUUCUACUUAUUCUAGAUUCUUAUUUGCUUAUACAAAAGAUCAGCAAAAUGAAGAUUAUUUCGAGGACCUAUUGUUUAAAAAACAACCAUCUAUUUUGAUAAUAGAAGCUACAACUCUUAACUCUUCAAAUUUCAUUUUAAAGACCAAUAAAUUUGUGGGCUUGAAAUCGCAACAUCCUGAAGAAUUGAUUUUUCUAUCUACAUUCAAUGCUUUGACUCUAACUUUCGAACCAAACCUGGAUUUAUUUUCAUUACAUAAACUUCAAAAUCUUCAAGGUCGGGAAAUUGUAAUGGGUGUUUUUGAUUACCGUCCUUUUGUGGCCAUAGACUUCGAACGUUCUCCUCAGUACUAUGAUUAUGCAGCAGAUAAUCCCUCACAUUUGGUGCAUGUAGAUGGUACGGAAGUGCGUAUUUGUCAUGAAUUUUGUGAGUGGUAUAAUUGUACUGUGCAAUUUGAUACCUCUGAGAAAGGUGAAUGGGGCACUUCAUAUGCCAAUUACAGUGGUUAUGGCUUGAUUGGUAUGAUAAUGGAUGAUCAUAUUCAUAUGGCCGUGGGGGCCAUGUAUUUCUGGUAA